UUCCCACGUAUCCACAACCAAAAUAGAGUGCAACUAUUGGCUUUUGAAGCACAAAAACACAAAACAAAAAAACUGUCUCUUUUCUCUCAGCUUCAGUCUCAGAAUUACAGAAAAAGAAAGUUGCAUCCUAGUUGAAUUUUGUGAGGUUGUGAUGGAGGUAUUUAAUGGAGUGAAAGUAAUAGAGGAAUUCGAAGCCAUGACAAAAGAUGCCGAAAGGGUACAAAGAGAGAGCCUCAAGAAGAUCUUGGAAGAAAAUGGGUCAGCAGAGUAUUUGCAGAAACUAGGACUAAAUGGAAGAACAGACCCAGAGAGUUACAAAUCUUGCGUUCCAAUUGUUACACACAAAGAUUUGGAAACUUGCAUUCAUAGAAUUGCUGAUGGAGAUUCAUCUCCUAUUCUCACUGGAAAGCCAAUCACUACCAUCUCUUUAAGCUCUGGUACUACUCAGGGAAAGCCAAAAUUUGUACCAUUCAACGACAAAUUGAUGGAAACUACAGUGCAAAUAUACAAGACUUCUUUUGCCUUCAGGAACAGAGAGUUUCCUAUCGGGAAAGGAAAGGCUUUGCAGUUUAUUUACAGCAGCAAGCAGUUCAAAACAAAAGGGGGUUUGGCGGCAGGAACUGUGACCACUAAUGUUUUCAGUAGUCCACAGUAUAAGAUUAUAAUGAAGGAAAUUCAGUCCCUUUCCUGCAGUCCUGAUGAAGUUAUAUUUGGUUCGGAUUUCGACCAAUCUCUGUAUUGCCAUCUCUUAUGUGGGUUGAUCUUCUGGGAUGAAAUUCAGUUGAUAUCAUCCACAUUUGCACAUAGCAUACUCCUCGCUUUUCGAAAGUUCGAACAAGUUUGGGAAGAACUCUGUGCUGACAUUCGAACCGGGUCCCUUAGUGAUCGAAUCACUGUCCCUGCUAUCCGAACAGCCAUGUCUAAAUUGCUUAAGCCGAACCCUGAACUGGCUGAUUUGAUCUAUAAUAAGUGUACAGGAUUAAGUAACUGGUCUGGAUUAAUACCGGAAAUUUUUCCGAAUGUGAAGUACAUUUACGGGAUAAUGACAGGUUCAAUGGAGCCUUAUUUGAAAAAGUUGAGGCACUAUGCAAGGGAGGUGCCACUACUGAGUGGUGAUUAUGGAGCUUCUGAAGGGUGGAUUGGAGCAAAUAUCAAUCCGAAAUUGGCUCCUGAGUUGGCCACUUAUGUUGUGCUACCAAACAUUGGAUAUUUUGAGUUCCUGCCAUUGUCAGUGAACACUGAGGACCAGGUGCAAGAUAAGACUCACCCCACUUUUCCUGGUGCAGAUUGUAAGCCUGUGGGUCUCACCGAUGUCAAGGUUGGUGAAGAGUAUGAGGUCGUUAUCACAAAUUUUGCAGGUUUGUACCGGUGUAGGCUAGGAGAUGUAGUGAAGGUAACAGGCUUCCACAACUCAACACCCGAGAUCAAAUUUGUUUGCAGGAUAAAUCUUAUACUUAACAUCAAUAUUGACAAGAACACCGAGAAAGAUUUACAGAUAGCCGUAGAAGAAGCUGCCAAGCUGUUAGCUGGAGAAAAAUUAGAAGUUGUUGAUUAUACUAGUCUUGUGGAAUUAUCUGUGGAGCCUGGCCACUAUGUCAUAUUUUGGGAAUUGAGUGGCGAAGGAAGUGAGGAGGUUCUUAGUGAGUGCUGCACCUGUUUGGACCAAUCUUUUGUUGAUCCAGGCUAUGUUAUUUCUCGAAAGGUCAAUACCAUAGGUGCACUUGAGCUCCGAGUUGUUCGGAAAGGAACAUUUCAGAAAAUUCUGGAUCAUUAUCUAGCUUUAGGAUCUGCUGUUAGCCAGUUUAAAACACCUAGGUGUGUUGGACCAACAAACAAUGUGGUUCUGCAAAUAUUGUGCAGCAAUGUUGUUAAGAGCUACCUUAGCACUGCCUUUCAGUGAAAGACGGGAAUUGUAUGACUAGAUCAUUUUCCUUCUUAGUCCAAUCUGUAUAUGAUCCAAAACAUCAUAUAUGCUGUGCCUUCUUUCCAUCAACCAUAUGCUGUCCAAGUUAGUAGUACUUUCUUUUU